UUCACAGAGAGGUUGAAAUAACGUCGUGUUUUCCUCUUAAGUGAAAUCUCUAGACGGUCACGUUGUGUUUGUGGUGUUUAAAAACAAGUGACGUCGUUUGGAGAGUGGAGCUACCUGCUAGCUUGUUGAGAUGCUAAACACCUGUGACACGAGCGCUUUACGAUAAACGAUGGUAAAGCAAGCAGCAAGUUGGUGAUCACCUCAGUGGCCCUUCAGGAUCAUAUCAGGAGAAACCUGCUAGAACCUGAUUUCCUGCUUUCUGACCCGCUGCUGAAGUUCAGAAGCAAAGCACCUUCUAGGCGGAGAGGGAACCAAAUGCAUGCGCAGAGAACGGACCAUCUAGAAGAGCGAGAAUAUGUACUUGAUCCUCCUCCACCACCUCCAACAUUAGCUCAGAGGAUUGGUUUGGUGGCCCCGCCUCCAGACAGGCUGAGCGAGGACCAGUGGAGUCAGGUGAAGACCAGGUCGCUCCAGCAGCGGGAGUCCGAGCAGCCUUGUUCAAUAUGCAGGGAGGCUUUUUGCCUACAGCCUCAGGUGCUGCUGUCCUGCUCCCACGUCUUCCACAAAGCAUGUCUGCAGGCCUUCGAGAGGUUUUCCGGAAGGAAGUGCUGCCCGAUGUGCAGGAGGGAGCAGUACGAAACACGUGUGAUCCACGAUGCCGCGCGCCUCUUUCGAAACCAGUGUGCUGCCAGAAUUCAGGCUUUUUGGCGAGGCUACGUUGCAAGGAAGUGGUACAGGAAUAUUCAGGGAAGCGUCUGCCCAAAAGACAAGCGCCUGCGACAUAAAUUCUACGAAGCAAAGCUGCAGGAGCUGAACGAGAGCUUCGUGAGACACUGUCAGACCAACACGGAGGCUUUUCUGAGCGAUAUCGACCGCUUGCUGUCAUCGAGCCGGCGAGUGUUCCAGCAGCUGGAGAGAAAGUACGUCUCCGAGCCUCAGGAGGAUGACUGGGAGCGCAUACGCAGUCAGGUGAACCAGCGGGGCACAGGUGACUGUGCCAUCUGCCUAACGGCGCUGUGCGGGCCGGGCCUCACUGCAGAGGCCGCAGGCUUCAGCCUCCAUGGAGGGAGGCGCUCGGUGCUGCUGUCUUGCUCGCACCUUUUCCACCAGUGCUGUUUGGACGCCUUUGAGGCCUUCACUGUGACUGGCAGAGCCGCAUGCCCCCUCUGCAGGUCCACCUACCACAAAAGGCUCAUCUAAACCAGGUAGACACACCUUUUGGGCACUUUUGUCUCCAGCUCACCGAUCAUAAUCCGGUACGUGGUUCUGUUCACGUACAACGUAGCGUAAAACAAUGUCUUGGAAAAACCACCUUUCUUGUGUUUAUGCAGAGAUGAUCACAAAUAAAGCUUCUUUCUAACUUUUAUUUGCAAACAGACAUAAAAAAAUUCACAGAGACUGAGAAAUACUUUAAAAAAAUACAUUCACAAAACAUGUACCCCAAAAAGUUGACAUGCAGAGACUGAGCUGCUUCACAGCAUCGGACUGUGAUGUUUCAUUAGAGGCUGAACAGGACCAAAACUAACUUCCCUGACUGGUGCCACGCAGCCCACUUUGUAGGAAGAACCACUUGUAAAUAAAAAAAAAGAAGUAGAUUGUUGAUCUGUGCCACUUUGUGGCAAUGAGACACAAUUAGAACUUGAUGAUUCACCAAAUGUUUGGGUAAAGCUGCAAUCUAUCCAGCCCUAAAAGCAGAUCUUUGGUCCUGCUCUGGUUUCCACAAUAGGAAGGAAAAAUCCUCAAGUCUAAUUAGAUUUAUUUAAG